AUGCUCCGACACAUCCCAGAACGUGUUACAAUGCUCCGACACAUCCCAGAACGUGUCACAAUGCUCCGACACAUCCCAGAACGUGUCACAAUGCUCCGACACAUCCCAGAACGUGUCACAAUGCUCCGACACAUCCCAGAACGUGUCACAAUGCUCCGACACAUCCCAGAACGUGUCACAAUGCUCCGACACAUCCCAGAACGUGUCACAAUGCUCCGACACAUCCCAGAACGUGUCACAAUGCUUCGACACAUCCCAGAACGUGUCACAAUGCUCCGACACAUCCCAGAACGUGUCACAAUGCUCCGACACAUCCCAGAACGUGUCACAAUGCUCCGACACAUCCCAGAACGUGUCACAAUGCUCCGACACAUCCCAGAACGUGUCACAAUGCUCCGACACAUCCCAGAACGUGUUACAAUGCUCCGACACAUCCCAGAACGUGUCACAAUGCUCCGACACAUCCCAGAACGUGUCACAAUGCUCCGACACAUCCCAGAACGUGUCACAAUGCUCCGACACAUCCCAGAACGUGUCACAAUGCUCCGACACAUCCCAGAACGUGUCACAAUGCUCCGACACAUCCCAGAACGUGUCACAAUGCUCCGACACAUCCCAGAACGUGUCACAAUGCUCCGACACAUCCCAGAACGUGUCACAAUGCUCCGACACAUCCCAGAACGUGUUACAAUGCUCCGACACAUCCCAGAACGUGUCACAAUGCUCCGACACAUCCCAGAACGUGUCACAAUGCUCCGACACAUCCCAGAACGUGUCACAAUGCUCCGACACAUCCCAGAACGUGUCACAAUGCUCCGACACAUCCCAGAACGUGUCACAAUGCUCCGACACAUCCCAGAACGUGUUACAAUGCUCCGACACAUCCCAGAACGUGUCACAAUGCUCCGACACAUCCCAGAACGUGUCACAAUGCUCCGACACAUCCCAGAACGUGUUACAAUGCUCCGACACAUCCCAGAACGUGUCACAAUGCUCCGACACAUCCCAGAACGUGUCACAAUGCUCCGACACAUCCCAGAACGUGUCACAAUGCUCCGACACAUCCUAGAACGUGUCACAAUGCUCCGACACAUCCCAGAACGUGUCACAAUGCUCCGACACAUCCCAGAACGUGUUACAAUGCUCCGACACAUCCCAGAACGUGUCACAAUGCUCCGACACAUCCCAGAACGUGUUACAAUACUCCGACACAUCCCAGAACGUGUCACAAUGCUCCGACACAUCCCAGAACGUGUUACAAUGCUCCGACACAUCCCAGUUACAAAAACAAAUCCACGAUAA